GUGGACCUGGAGCUGAAGAAGGCCUUCACCGAGCUGCAGGCCAAGGUGAUAGACACGCAGCAGAAGGUGAAGCUGGCUGAUAUCCAGAUCGAGCAGCUGAGCAAGACAAAGAAACACGCCCAUCUCACCGACACGGAGGUCAUGAUGCUGGUGGACGAGACCCGCAUGUACGAGGGUGUGGGGAGGAUGUUUAUUCUUCAGUCUAAAGGAGUGAUUCAUAAUCAGCUCUUAGAAAAACAGAGAAUAGCUGAAGAGAAAAUUAAGGAAUUGGAGAGAUUGAUGGCAUAGCCUCACUCACAUAUUGGCAUGGGAAGAGUCCUGCUUAGCAGUAGCAAUUGGAUUUUUCCAGUUCUGAUACUAUCAAAUUCUUGUUGUGUUUCACAGUACGAGGG